AAAAGUGUAUUGAUUGUGGGGAGCAGUGGCGUAAUGGCUAGCGCACUAAACGAACCCGGCGACCUGAGUUCAGAUCUAGCUCUCGAAGUCAACGUCGGUGGCGAAUAUUUGAACCUGUUCUUGGUCUUCCUUAAGUCGUACCUGGUGCGGUCUGUAGGAAACAUCAGCGCUGUGGAGACAAACUUGACCGUGCGUGAUGUUGGCCACUCAUCCUCGUUAGAGUACCGGCCUUCCAAACAUUACUUGCCCCAACAGUCUAUUAAAGGCUGUACGGAGAAAGUUAUUUUUUUAAAUAUGAAUUUGUGUAUAAAGUAGUGUACUAUGCCUACACGAUAAUUUACCCUAGCCACGUCGCUGUUUUUGUUAUAACUUAACAAAACAACCCGAGCGCCCGUUAUCCCGAAUUGGAAACCCAGCCCUUCGAAAUCCCACCGAAUGGUGCGGCGUUUGUGCAGUAACAGUAGCAAGUAGCGAGCUGCAGCAGCAGCAUCGUCGGGACAACGGCAGCUUCUGCAUUUUAAGGCCACGGCCGUGAAACAGAGAGAGAGAGAAAAAAACCCCACACAGACCUUCCUCUAAUCACCGAGCUGAUCGAAACGCCAAAAUAGGCUUCCUUAUCUUGCUAGCUGCAGCUUUAAGAGUGCUCGCUCGCUCGAGUGAGAGAGCGAGAGAGAGAGACCAGCCAGGCAAGACAACAACCCACGCGUGCAGAAGAACCUCGCAGAGCGAACGGACAUUCGCCCCAGAGGGCCGUCGUUUCAGAGCGGCGCGUCGCAACCACGGGACGGGGCCGCUUCAACAGCGGCGGUGUCGUCGUCGGAGGAGGAGGUGGCGGGUAGAGCCGGGGAAAGAUUUGCGCGGAACUUCGCCACGUAUACUCGCAGAGAGCAGCAGCAGCAGCGUUUGGCUCAGUUGCUUCCUAUCGACUAACGGUCCACCCCAAUGAAGCGCUGUCCGUCGUGAGUGACGACCAAGCCCUCUUCGUCGAUUCGCCCGCGUUCGUGUCCUCGGCGCUCCAGGGCACGGCGGGCGCGCCCGUGGGUGGCUCCUCUUCGCUCCUCAAGGGAGAGAUGACCGCCUCGGCUCCCGGUGAAUUCACGCAGGGUGGCCGGCUGAGCCCUCUUCCCCAGACGGAGUGGUUGGCGCAGGGCGGGCGCGUGAGCGUCAAGCGGGAGUACGAGCACAUCAACGGCAGCAGGGAGUCGCCGGUUGAUUGCAGCGUGACCAAGCGAGCUAAGAUGCCUGCGCCGGGCGCGGUGGAGGUGUCACAGCCGGGGUACGGCGGCUACCUGGACGACAAGGGGCUGGCGCCGCCCAACACGACGGCCAGCGAGCGUCGGGUCAUUGUACCGGCCGACCCGACCCUGUGGACGCCCGAGCACGUGCGCCAGUGGCUCGAGUGGGCUGUGAAGGAGUACGGCCUCCUCGAGGUCGAGCCGGCUCUUUUCCAGGCCGUGGACGGCAAGGAGCUCUGCAAGAUGAGCAAGGAGGACCUCAUGCGUCUCACGACGGCCUACAACGCCGAAGUGCUGCUGUCGCACUUGAACUACCUCAGGGAAAGCAGCUCCGCGUUCGCCUACCCCAACGCGUCGGCUUACUCGGAGCAAGCGGCGAGACUCGCCACGAAGCCAGACCCAUCUUCAUAUGACAGCAUCAGGCGCACAGCGACUUGGACAGGCGCUCCCACCACCCCAACCACUAAAGGGAGCACUCCCAGCGUGCAGAGUCUAAACAAAUCCACCGAGGGGCGCACACAACCUGAUCCCUACCAGAUCCUCGGACCGACGAGCAGUCGCCUAGCGAACCCCGGGAGCGGCCAGAUCCAGCUGUGGCAGUUCCUCCUCGAGCUGCUCUCCGACAGCUCCAACGCCAACUGCAUCACGUGGGAGGGCACCAACGGCGAGUUCAAGAUGACCGACCCGGACGAGGUGGCGCGCCGCUGGGGCGAGCGCAAGUCCAAGCCCAACAUGAACUACGACAAGCUGAGCCGCGCGCUGCGCUACUACUACGACAAGAACAUCAUGACCAAGGUGCACGGCAAGCGCUACGCCUACAAGUUCGACUUCCACGGCAUCGCGCAGGCGCUGCAGCCGCACCCCACCGAGUCGAGCGUCUACAAGUACCCGUCGGAGCUGUCCUACGUGUCGCCGUACCACGCGCACCACCAGCAGAAGAUCAACUUCGUGUCGCAGCACCCGCCGCCCUCGAUGCCCGCCACCACCUCGAGUUUCUUCGCGGCCGCCGCGCCCUACUGGAGCUCGCCGGCAGCCGCCGGCAUGUACCCGGCGCCGCCCGGAGUGGCGCGGCACCCCAGCCCCCACGUGCCCUCGCACCUGGGCACCUAUUAUUGAGCGUGCUGGUGGUGAUGGGCGUGGUGGUGGGGGAUCAGGAGGGUCGGGAGGUGGUGGCGGUAGCGUGCCAUGCCGAGUGGUUGGUAGUGGGUUUCUGUAGUGGUUGUAGUAGUAGUGGUGGUAAUCACCUGUGCCGGACUUGCAAUUUCCUGUGGGUUGGGAGGGGGGGGGAGAAGCAAUUUUACAAAGUGUACCCAAAAAAGUAGUUCCUGUGUGGGGUUAGGCCACAACCUACGCGACGUCACUGGGUGGAUGGGACAACGUCGCAAGGCACAACUUGCUUGCAACUCCCUCCCCCUUUCCCCUCCCCCCAUCGCCCUCCAUUCGCCCCACUCCCGCAACGUUGGGCCGAUGCUUGCAAAUGAGCACUGAUGCGGUGAGAAUUUAAGAAUGAAUAGCUUGACCAGAUAUUGAUGACAUUUUCUAUUCAGGUCACGUCAAAGUCAAAAGUGUUUUCCGGCUCAGCUGACCAAUGUUUUUCCGCGCAUAUUUUGUCUUCAUCACCUCUGAGCCAGUGGUGACAAUUCCACAUUCCCAUGACCGGGAGCAGUCCAUUGCACAUGACGACCACCGCUAGGACUUCCCACAGAGUGGUGGUAGUCGUUUUUAGCGAGCCCACAGCUGCGAUGGGCUGCCUCGGAAUGAAACGCUCCAGUCAGGCGCUCCAUCCACCGGGUCACCAGCACAGGAUGUAUCCCAAGUACUGUAAUUUCAGACGUUUGGUAACGAACACACCCCCUCCCUAUUGUAGUGUCAACCCUGUGUGAGGAGCGGGGGUGGGGGGGGGGCGCAGUUUGCUUUGCGUAGCUCGCUGUCCCACCCACAGUCCCGCGUUGCGGGCCAGAUGAUUUGUGCCACCGUUUCUUCUGGGUACACUUUGUAAAGAUGCGGAGAGAAGAGCAACGAGAGACGAUGAAGUCUGCACCACCGCCGCCACCGCCACCAUCGCAGCAACAACAACAACAACCAGACAUGUCUGCCUGUCAGCAACAGCAACAACAAAAGCUGAAUGACCCAGGCACAGUGAACAAAGAUUGACAGCGCGUGACAAUACCAAGCGUCUCCUUGAGACAGGAACAAUGAUUUUUAAGAGACUUUUUUUUUUAAAUGGCCGCUGUCGUCUUCAAGCAAGCGCCUGCUUGACCUCCUUGAACUCAAAGAGGUGCACCUCCUCCACUGGAUUUGUAAUACUGUACCGUAAACGUGAGAAGAAUAUCCCUUGACGGAGCGCACUCACUCGCCACCAAAGUUCUCAAUGUGAUGUUGUGUGUAGAAAAAAACAAAUUAAACGCAAAGCAGCAUUUGUAAGGAGUUGUGUAUCAGGCACGACGGAAACUUGCCUCGUGUGCUGCGUAGUUGCACUGAAAUGCGGAAAAGGGAAGAAAAAAACACAACCCCUCUUGUUACCCCAACUUAUUUUGUCGACCGCGCAUAGAAUAUCCCAAGGACAUAGAACCAUUGCUCUCACAAUCCUCAUCGUGUACUGUACAAUAUUAUUCGAAGCGCGCCCCAGUGUGGAAUGAUUUUGUCGUCGUCGUUUUCGUAAUUAAAAAAAGAAGCCUCUCUUCCACCACCACUUUGUGAAAACAACGAAUGCAAGGCAUUACAAGGUAUUACCCGCCCGUCUCCGCAGCCUGCGAGCACAAUCAACGCGUCGUGUAUCAGUUACUGAAAAGUGCCUUUCUUUCUCUCGUGUUCCCCAUUUUGUGUGUGGGUUAAGAUCAGCAGCAAAAAUACGGCCGUAUUCGGGGUAUUAACAAUACGAAUAAUGACCUUUUAAAAAAAAAAUAACUAUCCCGGAAAGAAGAAACCUCACCGAGUCUCAAGACUCUCUUUUUUUGUAUUCAAGGAGGAUCCUGCUGAGGCUCGGGCUGCCCAAGAGGUUUCUUUGAGGCCCGUGGGCAGAUUGCCACACAGGUUGGAGAGGGGGGGGGCUGUUAUUCAUGAGCAACAACAAGAACAUUAGGCCAGUUGUUGAGAGGGGUGGGCGGGUGCUUUUUGGUUGAGUCCUGGUGGCAAAUUGCCCUCAUUUUGCUCUGACCCCCCCCCCCCGCCACACAGACCCAGAUUUACAAGAAUUGGGUGGCGUCGUGCGGGAGUGAAAUCGAGCGAAGAGUCCAGGACAAAACACACCAGGCAUACGACGGGGGGUGGGAGAUGGGGGUGGGGGUGACACUUUGGAGAUGUAUAAAAUAUGUGAGCACAAGGAGGAGAAAAAGAAGCCACUUGUCAGUCCGACCCCGUCGUUUUUGUUGUUAAAAGUGCUUCAAAGAGCCGACGUUUUUUUCUUCUUCUGCUGUAACCGAAUUAUUCACCGCUGAUUGCAUUGAACCCCCGGUUAGAAUCCGCCCCACAAUGUCCCCUCAGCAAACGCACGUACACGAACGCUGGGCGUUUGUAAAAACGUCACUUUCACACAAAAAAAUAUUAAAAGAAAAAGGCCAAAAAAAUAUCUUUAUACACGUGCCUUGAUUUUUUUAUUGUUAUCUGUUUUAUUGUUGUGUUUUUAAACAGAGAUGACUAAUUAAAUUAUGCAUUAAAUAUUAUUUGCUAACUCCGCUACGUGACGAGUUGAACUCGGGCUUAUAUUUGCUAACACACGAUGCGUGCAGAUGUUUUUUUUUGUGUAUCUAUGUAACGUAUUCCAUGCCAGGGUUUCCACCCCCCAAACUCCAGUCCUUGACACCCACCGUGCCAAGCCAUCCAACGCCCCCCUCCCACCCGCAAUCUCCAUUUACAAAAAUCCAAAUUAAGUAAUGACAUGCUGCGCGCCCCUGAUGAUUGGCAAACUGGUACCACGAGCCAUAGAGCGUGCUGAAUCAAAUUAAGAUCGACAAUGCUGCUGCUGCUGUGUGUGUGCACAUCUGUUUGCCCUUGACGUAAGAACGUUGACUCGAGUACAGGAGAAAUGUCGUGUUCUUGGCUGUGCUGCGUGAUGCAGACAGCGCCCAGCAAUUUGACUCGGUGCUCUCCGCGUCGCGUUCUAAACGUGCGCAGCAAUCAUCCGGCGCGUGCGGUGUGCAACCCAACAAUUGCAUUUUGAACGGAGUAGGCCGGUGAACUUGGAAGGAAAGGAGGCGUGAGUUUGAAGGAAAACGAGUUCAUCAUAACCCCCUGUUAAAGGACCGAAGACCACCACAGCAAUUUCUGCACAAUUAUUUGACCAGCCUGAUUUAAACUCAAACCACAAUGAACGAUUUAACAAAUGUAUAGACUGUCGGAAAGAGUUUUUUUUUUAAACCAAACCAGAGCCGUAUUUGUAAAGGGGUGUUUCGCCUGAAGCUGCGUCGUGGGCGGACGUUGACGGCGGCGUUGUGGUGUAAAACUAAAUCGUGGUCUUAUUUUUCUACGUGUGUCAAUGUUUGUCGUGAGCCGCGCAUGCGGUUAACCCAAGGCAGCCUGCAUUAAGCUAAUGUGACAAUCUUGUAUUAUACGUGCUAAAUGCAAUUUAAUAAACGACAAUAAUAAUAAAAAAACCCAACCUAACAAGCCUC